GUGAUAUGUGCUAAAAUUAUAUUAAAUUCUGAUCAUAUAUUAGGAAAUAAUAUAGAAAAGGAGAUGAGUAACGCAACCAAAAUGCAACUGGAUGAAUUAGAAAGACUGAUGAGUAGAAUGCCACGAGAGCUCUGCUGUACAACAUUGCUGCCGGAAUUUGGUGUGCGCUGGCGUGACAUGGCUAAAGCUAUACGCAGUGCUCGUAUGUCGAUGACAUCAGCAAGUAUUGCAAAGAUUGUGUGCAGGAAGGUCGCUAAGAAUCUACCUGCGUUAACUGUCGAUGAGAUUAUAGCUAAAUUGAGGUUGCAGAUGGUUGCGAUACAGAAUCGUAUCUGGCAUGUGAUUAAUCUACAAGAACCGCUAGGUGAGCUGUGGGAGCCGGAUGAGUUGCCGGAGAGACUAGUUGACGCACUGACGACUGCGCGCGUCAGCAAGAAUAAGCACUCAGAGGUCCAAACGGUCCAGUUAGGUGAUCUAGUGUUUGUGAGUAUACAACUCAAGUCUGAAGUGAGAUGUAGUGCUCCAGUAUAUUUGGCAAUGCCUUUAGGACUCCCCGUUGCAUUGGUUAGUUCCAUAAAAGCUAAUGGGUUACUACAAGCUUGUGUGUUAGGUUUAGGAUACAAAACCUUUUCGGACGCCAACCUGAAUGGUAGACAUAUACCCUCACUACUUCGUAUCCAUGGUGGUUGGGACGAAAACCAAGGUUACAUGACUGAAAUACCUAAAUACGAUCCCGUACCAAUUGUAACUAAAACUGGUAUAGAUUAUACCAACAAAGCUUACGAUGAACAUUACGUUAAUACAAUAUUAGGACCGGAUCCGCCAUUGUUGACAGAUUUACAUGUAACUACGUCUAAGAUGUUGUUCAACAACGUUGAUGAUAAAUUAAUAAAUUUAAAAGCUCAUUUUUCCAGUCAAGAUAUUGCAAAGACUUUGAAAACUUUCGUAAGCAAAGGUUCUUUGGCACCUAAUUCGGAAUUAUUACAUAUUCUACAUACAGCAAAAUCUAAUAGAUUGGAAAAUUAUACGGAAAGUGAAUAA